AUGAAAUUAGCCAUUCAAGAAGUUUUGGAUGGAAAAAAGGGUUACAAAUCGGCCAGCAAGGCUUACAAUGUUCCUCAAACAACACUCGAGCAUAAAGUUAACCAAGCAAGAAAAAGAGAAAAUAGUGUACAGAAUGUGAAGGUUCCCUUAGGUCCAAUUACAACAGUGUUUUCCGAAGAAGAAGAACAAAUACUUGUUGACUAUUUGAAGGAAAUGGAAGGAAGAUUAUUUGGUUUGUCAACUUCUGAAUUCCAGAAGUUAGCCUAUGAGUUAGCAGUUCGUAACAACAAACAACACAAAUUUAAUGAACUCAAGGAAAAAGGUGGUAAGGACUGGCUGCGUGGAUUUCUAAACCGCCAUCCUGAUUUGAGUUUACGAAAGCCUGAAAAUACUUCAGCGGCUCGUGCUACUAGGUUCAAUAGAGUGUCUGUUGGAAAAUUUUUCGAACUGCUAGGAAAAACGCUUGACGAUAACCGUUUUACUCCAGACAGGAUAUAUAACUGUGACGAGACAGGUGUUUCGGUGGUGCCAAAAUCACGGUCCAAAGUUAUCGCAGCGACGGGUAAAAAGCAAGUGGGUGCUUUGACAUCGGCCGAACGAGGCACAACCAUAACGAUUGAAAUUUGUUUCAACGCUACAGGGUCAUACCUUCCUCCAAUAAUCAUAUAUCCCAGAAAACGUAUGAAGCUCGAACUUUUCAAUGGAGCUCCACCGAACUCAUGGGCUGAAUGUUCAGAUUCUGGGUGGAUUACUGCAGAAAUUUUCUUGAAAUGGUUUCAGAAGUUUGUGAUACUCAUCAACGCUUCUAAAACCAACCCAGUUAUGCUGAUUUUAGAUGGCCACGCUACUCAUACCCAAAAUUUGCAGUUAAUCGAUGAAGCACGUAAAUACGGUGUGACGAUAAUAUGCUUUCCACCACACACCACUCACAAACUACAGCCCGCAGAUGUUGGUUUUAUGCGGCCUCUGAGUAUCUUUCAUGAUCAGGCUCUAACAGCAUGGUUAAGAUCUAAUCCUGGGAAAGUAGUUUCGCAAUUUCAAGUGGCUGAACUCUUCGGGCAAGCGUUUAUCCGGGCAGCAACAAUGCUAACUGCAAUUAAUGCAUUCCAAGCAUGUGGGAUCUCGCCUUACAAUCCACAUAUUUUUACCGAAGAUAAUUUCAUUGCUGCAGAGGCGUCCGAAAUUGAAUUGAACGCUGAAAAGGAACCCGAAGCUGAUACAACUCCAACACUAUCGAUAGCAGCAAUCUCACAGCGAACACUGACACAGUUCUACCAACAAUAA